AUGAACUAUGAAAAUAACGCAAAAUAUGAAGACCAAUGGGCGAAUUUCAUACAGUCGUUAGAUGUUGAUCCUGAUAAAGCCAAGGGUAUUGAACAAUUACCAGACGAUCAAAAGCGUCAGUUGUUGGAGAACUAUGCUAUAAAAAACCCUAAAUGUUCUGCUUUUCAUUAUGUCAGCUUGAUCAAAGGUUUACGUGUUGGGCGUUCGACAUUGACAAAGAACCCUCGUAAAAGUGAUGCUCAACAGGCCAAAGAGAUCCUCUUGGCCACAGAGAUAUCAUUACGAACAAAUAAUGUGGCGUGGGUCUAUGAUUUCCUCGACCAACAUGGUUUGGAGACAUUAGUCAAUUAUGUUUCUAGAGUGAUUCAUAUGGUUAUGAGUUUGAAAAGAUUUAGGAAGUGUUCCAUUUUAUCGACUGAUUUUCGACCAUCAGUGGACAGUAUGCAACAACAACGUUCUGCUCUUCUUGGAUCAUAUGGUUCAGACCAAACAAUUUCUUUAAAUGACUUAUGUGAAGAAAUCCAUGAAAGUGAUCAAGUUGAGUCUGGAUUUUGGUGCUCUAGUUUAAGAAAGAAAAAGAAUCGAAUAUCCUCUUCUCCACAUGUCCCACACAUAUCCGAAUCAAUCAGAGAUAGUCUUCAUCAAGGUGUCAGAUGCUUUCGCGCUUUACUUAACAAUCAGCGUGGCUGUUCAAUGGUAUUCGAGCAUCCUCGUGCUGUGAAUGUUAUCGCUUUGUGUCUGUUACAUCCAAGCUAUCAAACAAAAACUCUAGUACUUGAACUUUUAACCGUUGUCUGCUUAAUUGCUGGUGGUCAUGAACGUGUUCUAAAUGCAUUUGAUAAUUUCAAAAAAGAGGUUGGAGAGUCAACACGAUUUGAAUAUUUAACGCAUUAUUUCUUUUCGCAUGAAUCUGAAUCGCCAGAUUAUUACAGUAUGGAUUUCAUGGUAUCGUGUAUGCAAUUUUUCAACAUUGUUGUACAUUCAACGGAGGAUAUCAUGUUAAGAGUUUAUCUACAAGAAGAAUUCAGACAUCUUGGAUUAGUUAACUACUUAUCGCGAAUACAUGAUAAAGCAGGUGAUCGUUUUCUACGUCAAAUAGAAGCCUAUAAUGAUAACGAAGUCGAUGUUGCAGUCUUACUAGAAGAUUCACACAUGCGAGAUGUACUUCAACAGGAAAAAGAACAAGCAGAAUCAGAUCUUAUCAUAUUACAAACACGAACAGCAACACUUCAAGCUGAGUAUGAAAGUAAACUGUCACAACUUCAACAAAAUAUGCAAGCUUUGGAGUUGAAAUGUCAAGAUUUAGAGCGAAUACAUGAUAAAGCUGGUGAUCGUUUUCUACGUCAAAUAGAAGCCUAUAAUGAUAAUGAAGUCGAUGUUGCAGUCUUACUAGAAGAUUCACAAAUGCGAGAUGUACUUCAACAGGAAAAAGAACAAGCAGAAUCAGAUCUUAUCAUAUUACAAACACGAACAGCAACACUUCAAGCUGAGUAUGAAAGUAAACUGUCACAACUUCAACAAAAUAUGCAAGCUUUGGAGUUGAAAUGUCAAGAUUUAGAGAAUCAGCGUACAAAUCAAGAUGGUCAACUGUCUACAUUACGUGCUCAGCUAUUGGAUAAGGAUAAAAGCACAUCAGAACGUGAACGUAAUUUGAAAGAACGCGUGAGAGAGUUAGAAGAAUGUUUAAGUGCUGUGAAAAGUUCUACAGAGAAAGAAAAACCACAAAUAAAUGGUAUAGCUGAUGGUCCUACUAAGUUGAACAACGCAACACCUACAGCUGCACCUCCCCCUCCACCACCGCCACCGCCACCACCACCUCCUCCUCCACCUCCCCCACCGCCUCCUCCACCAGCUUUUGGCAUACCUCCACCUCCUCCUGCGCCUGGAAUGGGUGCAAUGGGUCCUGGUGUUGAAGGCGUUUCUAUACGACCGCCUAUACAGACUCGAUACAAAUUGCCACUAAUCAAUUGGGUUCUUUUAAAAAAUCAACAACUUCGUGGUACUAUAUUCGUUGGCAUGAAUGAUGAAGCUGUUCUAGAAACUUUGGAUACUGAGAAAUUUGAGAGUUUAUUUAAAUUGUCGAAUCAGUCAGUAGACAAUAAGUCAACGACAGGAUCUACUGCCUUAGUCAAUGGACUAGAUCAAAGGGAUAGUCGAGUAAAUAAAAAAGUGGAAAGGAAGUCUUUAAUGGAUUCCAAUAGGCAUCGUUGUAUUGGCGUAUUGUUGCGGUAUUUAGAAUCAGAGAAGUAUACACCUGAACGUCUAUGGAAUGAUAUUAAUCGUUUAGAAUUAAGUCAAGAUGUUGCUGAUCGUAUAUAUCACCAGCUACCGACUGCCGAUGAGAUAAAAACCUAUUUAAAUUAUGAAUUCACUGAACAACGGCCUAUUGAAGAUCUUACAGAUGAGGAUCGUCUUUUAUUGCAUUUAUGCAAAGUUGAACGAUUAGGACCUAGAUUGGAGAUUAUUCUGUUCAUGAAUUCUUUCGAGGAUAAUUUAAAAGUUGUAAAUUCGAAAAUUGCCGCUGUACAAUCUGCUUCAUUAGCCUUGAAAAAGAGUUGUAAAUUUAGAGCUAUUUUAGAAAUUAUACUGGCUUUCGGUAAUUAUAUGAAUAGUUCUCGACGUGGUAUCGCCUAUGGCUUUCGUUUGCAAAGUUUAGAUGCUUCAAAAUCUGACUUUUACAUUGUUAAAGCCAAUUUAUUUAGUUUUAGUUGUAUUGGCGUAUUGUUGCGGUAUUUAGAAUCAGAGAAGUAUACACCUGAACGUCUAUGGAAUGAUAUUAAUCGUUUAGAAUUAAGUCAAGAUGUUGCUGAUCGUAUUUAUCACCAGCUACCGACUGCCGAUGAGAUAAAAACCUAUUUAAACUAUGAAUUCACUGAACAACGGCCUAUUGAAGAUCUUACAGAUGAGGAUCGUCUUUUAUUGCAUUUAUGCAAAGUUGAACGAUUAGGACCUAGAUUGGAGAUUAUUCUGUUCAUGAAUUCUUUCGAGGAUAAUUUAAAAGUUGUAAAUUCGAAAAUUGUCGCUGUACAAUCUGCUUCCCUAGCGCUGAAAAAGAGUUGUAAAUUUAGAGCUAUUUUAGAAAUUAUACUGGCUUUUGGUAAUUAUAUGAAUAGUUCUCGACGUGGUAUCGCCUAUGGCUUUCGUUUGCAAAGUUUAGAUGCUUUAUCUGAUACACGAACUUUGGAUAAAUCAUGGACUCUGCUGCAUUUCAUCGUGGAAACAAUUGAAACUCAAUUUCCAGCUUUGAUUACUUUUGAUGAUGAAUUAGGCAGUAUUGCAGAGGCUGCAAAGGUGCCAAUGGAAGCCUUAACAGCUGAUGUAGCUGCAUUAGUCUCUGGCAUGUCUCAAGCUGAUAAAGAGACAAUUAUUUCUGGUUCAUUGAAAACACCUCAACGUUUAUCAGACUUCGUCAAUGAUAACCGGGCGAAAGUAGAGACUAUUGAAAAAGAAGCUGAGACUGCACGUAACAUAUUUGCUAGAACAAUUGAAUGGUUCGGUGAAGCUCAAACAAAGCCUAGUCCAGAACAAUUCUUCGGUUUAAUUGUACGAUUUAUCAAGCAGUUCAAGAAUGCAAUUGUGGACAAUGAAGCCCGACGUCGUGCUGAAGCCCUCCAAACUCUGAGUUCAGCAACUGGUGACGACCAUGAUCCACUUUCAUCAAUCAGUCAAAUCACAGUAAAUCAUUUCCCGAGAAGACCAAAAGAUAAACGUUUGGCUCAAGAGGCCAGAUUAGCUAAACGACGGUUUAAAAAUCGUACUAGACAAAUCACGGGUGAUGGAAUGAUGGAUGAGAUUCUUGCAGGUUUAAUAUCUGAACCAUUACAAGCAGAAGUACAUCCACGUCGUAAUCGGCUUUCUGAGAAUAACUGA